AUGAUGUCAGCACGAAGCGCCGCUGGCCUCGGUGCCAUGAGGGCCGCCGCCAGGAAUAUGCACAAGCGAGACUCGCUGGCCAAGCAGAAGAAGGGCGCUGGCCACUGGAAGCCCGAGCUCGCGUCCGACAGCGAGGAGGCCGUCAAGGCUGAUCGGGCGUCGCCGGGCCGCGAGGACAUUUCCAAGCUGCAGGAGCGGACCAAGAGGUCUGCCGAGGAGUUGUCCAGGUCGGGGACCAGCAUGCGCGAUGGCAUGUAG